AUGGGUUCCCGCUGUGCCAAGCUCAGCACUGGCCAUGGCACGGCCCAGAACACAGGUCACAGCCGUGGCCACGAGUCCUCCAUGAAGAAGCUCGUGGCCUGUGUGAGUCAAGAUAACUUCUCCCUGUCAUCAGAGGGCGAGGAGGAAGAGGAGGAUGAGGAGGAAGAGGAAGAGGAGGAUGAGGAGGAAGAGGAAGAGGAGGAGCAGAUACCGGUGAAGGGCAAGCUGCUGCUGCUGGGGUCCGAGAAGCAGGAGAGCUCCGAGGACAACGCCGUGGCCCAGCCAAGCCCCGAGCCCAAGCAGACGCACUCCUGA